UGCAACUGCAGUUGCAUGUUCCUCUCUCAUCCGAAGUUGAAUAUUCUUAAUUCUUAUGCUGCGAAUUCAAACAUCAAAUCGCAACAAUCCGUAAUUUGAAAUUUAAGGACUAAAAUAAUGGUGGGUGAAAUGGAGGGCCGUAAGUUGGGCCGGUCCGGGCCGAUUGUAACGCAAUUUCAAGCCCGAACUCAUAUCCAGGCCCAUUACACAUUCUCUCUGCCAUAUCGGCCCGAAUCAAAUUCAACUAGGGUUUUUGCAUCUGAAAUUCGUAGUGUAUUUUCCCAAUUCGAUUUCCGAUUUUCGCUUUGUUGUGCUCCGCAUGAUGAGUUGACCUGAAAACAAGUUUUUGAUUUGAUUGAAUUCUGUUAUACUGUUGAGAAUUUAUCAGAAGUAGUUCUUCUUAUUCAGGAAGUUGGAUCUGGAAACCAUGACCAAGAAAUGAUGAAGAUUGGGAUGACUGAAAUCGAAGAUACUAACAACGAAACUGAUCUGGAGAUAAACUAUAACUCCGAAGCAAGCGUUGGGGACAAGCGAAAACGAGAUGGGAAGUUGAGGUCCGAAGUUUGGCAGCAUUUCACAAAGGUUAUUCAGGAGGAUGGAACGUGCGAGAAAUGCCAGUGUAAUCACUGCCGGAAGCUAUUCACUUGCUCGAGCAGAAGUGGGACGACUCAUCUGAAACGCCACAUAGAUGCCAGGAUCUGCCCCGUCUACAAGAAAGACAGAGAUAAUAAGAUAGUGACAAUAUCGAGCUAUCCGAGAGGGAGCAGCGUGGAACACAGAAAUGGUCUUGCUCCAUGGAAAUACGAGCAAGCCUCCUCCCAACAAUGCAUGGAUGUUGAGAUCGAACUGCUACCACCGGAGAGGCUUGGUAAUCUCGAACCUCCAUCUUUCAAGACAGCCGAAGAUGACUAUGGAACUCAAACACCGUUGCCUUUACGGAGUAAACUUCCCCAGCAACCUGCGUUGAAGUCUCAACCUAGAGGAGACGCGUGGAUGAACGAAUUCAGGACGUGUGUAGCUAAGCUCGUGGAACUCAACAAUGGGAAAGUCCCAGUGCUAUCGCCUCAGCCGUUGGCCGUUGGUGCUACCGAUCACUCGAUAUCUGCUGCUCUCAAGUGCUUGAAUGAGAUGGAGGAUAUCCCUCAGUCAAGCGAGAUGUACUUGGAUGCUUUCGAGAUUUUGCAGGAUGCCGGAGAAAGAGAGUGCUUCGUCUGCUUGCCACCGGAGCCGCGCAGGCGCUGGCUGCAACGAGUGCUGCAUCGUCGUCAUCCCUUGCGGUAUGGCUCGAAUAUGUGAAAGCUUUGUGUAGAGUUUUCUAGCUUGAAAUUGUUGUAAUUUGGCUUGUAUGAAGUUGCCACACCCAAGGUGUGGCUAGGGAUAAGGAUAUACACCUUGCACUAAAGUUACUCUUUAGCAAUAAAAUUACAAAUACGUCAUUGAAAAA